UAAUAUCUAAGUACAGUUAAUACAAGUUUGGGCACCUCGUCUUCGGAUCCUUAUAAAGGAUCCUUCUCGACACCUCUCGUUCCCCUUUUCGAUCACGCUCCUGAGUGUGCGUGGCCGCGGUGCGCGACGGUUCUUUGACUCGGUGCCGGGAGUCAGUCAACCCGGUGACGGCUUGCAGGCUGCGUGUUGCUGGUUUCUGCCAAGCGUGGUCCUCGGUGCUCACGAGUUUGAGCCAAGACGACGCGUGCGUCUCGCGUGUGUAUAUAUACGUGUGUAAAACCGUCAGAUAUCAACGUGCGUGGAGUUGCAUAUUGUACCCGAGCCAACGAUCUACCAGCGGGAUCAACGAUCGAGUCUCGGUGAUUUCAACGUCGGGAUCGCCGUCACACGUGAGAGAAAACGCGUCGAACGCGGACCCCGGGCGCUUCUUCCGAAAAAAUGCAAAAAGCCCGCGAUGCGCGCGGUCGACAGGUGACACGUUUUCGUUGAAACGUGGAAGAGAUUACAGUCCGCCCGUUGUACCGUAAAGUGCACUCUGUUUUACGAUGCAUCGUCAACGAGCGCAUCGGUGAGCGGACCGAGGGAUUUCUGUCGGCGCGAUCGAUACGGAUCCGUCGCGCGUGUUUCCGCGCGCGAUUGUGGGAUUCAGAUUGCGAGUCUACUUGCGGUGUACUUAACGAUGAAACUAGGAAGCACGUGCGAUCUAGAGCACUCUGAGCCGAGAUAGAUCUAAAUAUAAUCGACAGUUGAGUUUUUCCUUUGGCCUGCUUGGAAGUCUUUCUAAUUCGUUCCACGUCGACUGAAAGCAAAGGCUCGCCAAUUCAUGUUCCACUAAAAUCCUUUUGAAGAACAUCUAUAGGACUCAACUCUUUUGUUGUGUUCGAUUAUUUUUUACAACCUUUUUUGUAGGUUACAACGCGACCCUUUGAAAGCAUCAACAGUUUACGAGAAUCGCUUUCCGAUAGACCUUUUUUCGAAGAAGCCUUCGAGUGUUUUUCUCAAGCAAAUCUCGGAGUAUUCCGUGAGAAAAUUCCAGAAUAUUCGUGCAACGAACUUCGAAUACCUCCGUAAAUCGCUCCGCGUUUUAGAAUAACGCAAAGUGUGCGUCCGGUCGCGACGGUGAAAGGAGAUCAACGGUGACCUUCGACUGCAUCGCCACGUUGUGUCCGGCAUCCUGAAGGAAUCCUGCAGACCCGAACGAGGCGAUCGAGCGAGCUGCCGCGGCUCGAGAAGAUCCACGAGGAACAGCUCACGGAUACCAGGACGAUCGGCAGACGACGUACCGCCGGUGCAUCUGCGAUGGAGGACGAGUUGCGGUGUCCCUCCUGCAAGGAGUUGUUCGUGGAGCCGGUGCUGUUGCCUUGCUGGCACGCACUAUGCCUCGCCUGCGCGGUAAAUCUCCAGGCACCGCCGGAUUCGCCGCCGGAGUCCACCGCCGAUUCGUCCAACGCACCAGGCUCCGAUCAGGAGGCCGACAAGUUGUCGAUCUUGUCGGAGACCGACUCCGGAGUGGUUUGCAGCAGCACGUCUACCAGCUCGCGGCCAGGCAGCUACGUCGGCACUCCAGGGAACGGUGGCUUCCCACCGUCCGGUGGUACUCUCUGCCUGUCAUGCCCGGUCUGUCAGAAGACCGUAUAUUUUGACGAGGGCGGCGCCCAUAAUCUGCCCAAGUACCGUGCGAUGCAGCACAUCGUCGACAAGUACCAGGAAUCGCGGAAUUCACGGCUGCAGUGCCAAAUGUGCGAGGGAGAGCCGCGCGACGCGACUGUCGCGUGCGAGCAGUGCGAGGUUUUGUACUGCGACGCCUGCAGAGAGUCCUGUCAUCCGAAGAGGGGCCCAUUGGCAGCCCACAAUCUGGGACCACCGAGAGGCAGCUGGCAAUCAAGUGGAAGUAAGGGAUCUCGAACCGAGGGCACGCCGAUCUGCAACGAUCACAAUGGCGAAGCGGUGACUCUCUAUUGCGCCCUUUGCAAAAUCGCGAUAUGCGCUCUAUGUCUUCGUGAUCGUCACGCCGCACAUCCUCACGAUGUUCUGCCGUUGGCCGCUGCUUGCAAAGCGCAAAAGAAUUUCGAGAAACGGUUGCAAAACAAGGAAUCGCAAAUGCUUGAAAAAAUAUGGACGGAGCUGUCGCAGAAUCUACAGCAGCUGUCGGAGAGAGCCCGCUCGACAACGGAGUUCAUUCAAAGGCUCAAAGGAAUGACGGAUAAAGUACAUGAGGAAUGCGUGGCGCUUGAGGAGGAGGUCGAAGAUCGGGUAACGAACCUGGUGAGUCUUCUGCAAGCGAGAAAGUCACGGUUGAUCGAAGCUGCUCGACAGACCAGAGAGGCCAGGGUGCGAUCUUUGCGAGACCAGGUGGCGAGAUGUGCCACGCACCUACAGGCGACCACGGCGUUGCUCACGUUCUGCAUCGAAGCGCUGAAGGAGACCGACAGCGCGGCCUUCUUGCAGAUCGGCGGCAUGUUGUCAGUCCGAGCAGCGACGGCCGCCGGUUCCUGGGGCGGUGCCGAGGGUGUGCAGGAGAUCGCUCGUUUGCCGUUGCUCGAUCUUACCCUGGACGACAAACCGCUGCGCCGCGCCAUCGAUCAGCUCACCUUCGUCCAACUUAAACCGUCAGAAGGGGAAGAGCGAUUUCCUACAGCAGCACCCGGAGCUCCUUUACUGAUCCCCGAGGAGUGUAGCGCCGAGAACAACAGCGUCACCGUUGCCUGGCAGCCGCCUCCUGGCCACGGAAUUAUGGGCUGCGCUGGUCAGAGAGGCCCCGCCAUUGAAGGAUAUCUUUUGGAGCUGGAUGAUGGCUGCGGCGGGGAGUUUAGGGAGGUGUACUGUGGCCGCGAGACCAUUUGCACGGUAGACGGGCUACACUUCAACUCACUCUACAACGCCAGGGUGCGGGCCUUUAACAGCGCCGGUGAGGGCGAGUACUCGGAGCUGAUCGGCCUUCAGACCGCCGAGGUGGCGUGGUUUUCGUGGGCCACCGGCGCCGCCGGCAUACCGCAGGAAGUGUCCAUAUCCGAGGACGCGAUGAGCGCGUCCUGCGAGGGCUACGAGCACCGCGUGGUCCUCUCGAGCGUCGGCUUCUCGCGAGGCGUACACUAUUGGGAGCUGACCAUAGAUCGAUACCACAGUGACACCGAUCCAGCCUUUGGAAUUGCCCGGGCCGACGUGUCGCGUGAUCAGAUGCUGGGUAAGGACGAUAAAGGCUGGAGCAUGUACAUAGACCGCCAGCGGUCGUGGUUCAUGCACGGCGGUGGUCACGCACAGCGUACGGAGGGUGGGGUUCAACAAGGCUCGACUGUCGGCGUUCUCCUCGACCUGGACACCACGCAUACGCUACGUUUCUUCGUCAACGACCAACCGCAGGGCGGCAUCGCCUUCCGCGAUCUCUACGGCGUCUUUUAUCCGGCGAUCAGUUUGAAUCGCGGCGUAACCGUAACCCUUCACACCGCUCUCGAUGUUCCGCGUCAUCUCCUCGCACUUCACGAGGAGUACAUUAGUGAUAUGGUUCAGAGCUAGGGGUACCUUAACGUCCUCAAAAAAGGUCUGCCGCAGGAGAUCGGCUCACCUUUAGGCCCAACGACAUACGUCACAGACAGAUGCAGAGACUUCGAAUCGGGUCAGCUGCUGGAGAAGAUUAUCGAGGAGAGCCCGGUUGACGUUAACUAAUCGGUAGAUCUUUUAAAUAUGAAUUUAGAGCGAUCGUAAUACAUUUUCUAUGAAUCUACUUGGCACAAAGCGUUACGAAAUAACGUAUAAAUACGAGAAAGCAUCUGAAAUUACUCUCGCUCUGAGAUAUCAUAAUAUUAAUGAGGACGCUUUAGUCCUUUCGCAGUUGUGCAGCGAAAUGAGAGCGGUUUAAUCUCCUUAGGGAUUCAGGAAACGCAAUAUACGUUUUGCGUAUUUUGUCUGAAUAUUUUUUAUUUAUUUAGAGUAAUUAUAAUAUUUAUUUAGAAGUAAUAUUUAGCGGAGUGUUUUCUAAUUUCGCAAUCGUGGCACAUAUUUUGAGUUCUAAAUUUGAUAUACUAUAAAUAAGAAUGGUUUUUUAUUUGUAAUUGAGAAAUAUGUAAUCCCUGGGGAUGUUAAUCCGAGUAAAAUUCGUCUCGCGCUAUUUGUCUGAAUAUAAGCGGGCUUCACGAGGAAUAACGAUUCAACAGGUCCAGAAACUUUGGCGAAAAGGUUUCCGAGGGAGGCACUAACCGUGGACCCUUUGGAUCCGCCUUGUUUGGGAAGCUGAAACUUAGAAUUCAGAUUUUAGUUGGGAAAUUGAAAUUUGUACUUUCCUAUUUUAUCCAUACGAUAAUCGUAUUAAAUGGAACCACCAAUAAUAUCAAUCGAAGCGCAUACGUUUCGAAAUAGAGAAAUAAGAUCACUCGAAGAGUGAAAAGCUACUUCAUCCCGAAGAAUUAACGAGACUGACAUAAUUCACGCACACGUCACGCGAUCCGUAAAUAAUGUUCUCCCGUUAGGAAGCCACGAAAGCUAAGAUAAAAGUUUCCUCCGCUGGAAAUCAGUCCAUUUUCUAUUUAUACCGCACUCUAUAUUAUAAGCGGAGAAAAGAAAAUAUUUUUUCCUACACGCUUCCUCAAUUCGUUUCUCAAAUAAUUACCUCGACGAAGACUUUAAAACGCACUUCUGAGGAUCGGUACGUCCGACCUUCGGUCAAUUAACUCGAGUUCCCUGUUCACACUAUAGUCAAUACUGUGAUCCAGAAAGAGGCGUGGGAGAAAUUAUCGGACACUUAACCGAAGGUGGAAUGACUGGCCCUCGGAAGCAAGGAGACGUCCAUUAGCAAAUAGCCAAGUAUAGUCGACGACAAACUUUGUCGAAGACCGUGUCCGAGUAGAACGAUCAAUCGAUUAGUUUGAGAGAUCGCAUUGAGACAGCCAAGGAAUAGAGAGGAGUCUCUUGCGAAAUUCAUCGCUCGAUAGAGAGAGAUGUACGCCCGAGAAAUAGAGUCUCGUCCGAUAGCAACCUUUCUCAAUAUUCUCGACGGGGCAUUGGUUCUUGGUAACUUCUUACUCUGAAGAAAGUAGAGCCGAGGUGCGCGAAGAAGGACAUACAGUAUCGAGGAGGGCCUCGAGUAGCCUUUCCUGUAGCGUACUCCGAAUAGCCAGUAAAGAAAGUCGAUGAUCAGUCCCACCGGGCGGCAUUUGCCGCAGUUUUGUCGAUCGUGUAAUGUAAUUAACUCUUUUAGCACCUGCCGUUAUAUAGCAUGCGCUCAUCUACAACGAUUUAUUAAAGAAUGCAGAGCUUCGCUUAUCACGAAACUAAAACGAAAAUUUUUCUUUAUUUUUCUACAUAUAUGUGAUGAUUUAACAAUUUUUUAUUGCAAAAAUAAUUUUUGCCAUAGAAAUUAGAGGAAAAUAGUGAAGAUAUAAAUCAUUUCAAAAAAUACAUUUCCUUCACAACAAAUACACAAAAAAUUUGUAUAACUGACGUUAGACGAUUUAUCUCUCACAAUCAGAAAAUAAUGAGAUGCACUUUUUCUAACCGAAUGAAAUUGAUCGAAACAGGAUUUAGCAAUUGAAUUCAGUUCGGUGCUGAGACAGUUAAUGACCGCGAGCGUCGAGCUUCAAAUCGAACGCUGACGAGGCACGAUGAGAAGAGGAAGGAUCGACCACGGUAAAGGCCGAUAAUUAUCCUACAGGACGAAGAAUCGAAACUUCAUGUUAGAAUACGCUGACAUGGCCAGAUUCUUCAUUCUGCUUGAAGCGAUCGACGGAUCGCUCGAUCGUCCACCCAUUAUCCAUAUCGACACACACGUAUAAGUGUAAUCGCGUUGUAGGCGUUAAGCUCCAUUAACUCUCCGCGAACCAGGUAGAAAAUCAACAUGGAUCAUAUGUGGGGUAUCUCAUACCCAUGUUAUACUUCAUCAUAAAUAUACUAAUCUAGUAUGAUUGGUAAAGAUGCAUUCUUCAGCUGUACGAAACGGCAACUUGCACUUUUUAAGAAGUUACAGAAGUUCAUCUUGCUGGGGUAUGUUACACCCCACCUAGUUCGCGGAGGAUUAAAGCGUAUAGAUAGAUAAGAUAUAAAACAAUGCUGCCACGGCUUUAGUGUACAAUAAUGAGUAUACGUUUUCUAGUCUUCUAGAGACCCAAUCGACACAUCUUUCACCCAAUCUCACUCCGUCAUUUCUUCCUUUCCCCUUUCUUAUCCCUGCUGAUUCUUUUUUACGAUUUUGUAUCUCUCGACGGUCAGGAGUUUGGUCCUCGUGCUCGAUCUCGCCGUUAUAUUCUGUAACGAUAAUUCGGAAGCAUUAUUCUGCGCCAAGUAUCGUUUCUGCAAGUGCGCACGCCUUUUGGCACUAUGUACAUAAGUGUAUAUAUAACAUAUAACUAUAUCAAUUGUACCGCCGAUGAAUUUGCCGAUUGUACCAUUUACGACUGUAUCGGAUCAAUAAAAUACAACGAAAACGCCA